UGGAGGACGAAGAAUAAAGUUGGUGACAAGAAUGACAAGAUUGAAAUGUUGCUUUCGAUCGACCUCCACAAGGAGAAGAUUCGCUUCGUUCAGCUUCCGGCUGAAUGUACUCUGACAGCAGCGAAUGAGCGUCAGUAUUUAGCGGUUGAUCAUCUUCUGGAGUUUAAAGGAUAUCCUUGCAUUGCACGUUCUGAGAGGAUAAUAAUAUCUAACAAUGAUCAUUAUGGCCAUCGUUGUAAUUAUCAGACCGGUGUUUGCUGUUGUUGUUGCAAGGUUCAUAUGUAUGUAUUGAAGGACAAGGAAAAGCAAAUAUGGAUCAGGGAGGAGAAUUUCGAUGUUCAGAUUAAGAGUCAGGAAGGUUUUCUACAAUAUCCCCUCUGUUGGUACUUUGAUGCUUCUGCUGCUACAACUCCUACACGUAUAUUGGCUUUCUCUGAUCAGGUGCUAUUAUAUUGGUUUAAUGGGGAACGUCUUAUAUGCUACAAUUUGCAAGAGAAACAUCUCAAAGUGAUAGAGUGCUCCCGUCCCUAUCCUGGGAUUUUUCAAACUAAGAUGAAUGAACACCUAAACCGUGGUAUUGGUGAUGAUGAUAAUUUUGAUUGCCCGUCCAUGGAUUAUCAGCUGCACGCUCAAGUGGAGAACAUCCUUUCUCUGAAAACCUUCAUUCCUAAAGGAGCUGAAACCAGAAAAUUUGAUUGUGCUGAUGAUUUGCUGGACUCUAUCCGUAACAACCUGCCGGCAGGAUGGCUGUUCACGGGAAGAGAAACAUAAUCAUCAAGCAUGGACAGAUUCAAUUAUUAAAAAUUUGCCACGAUCAGUGAUUUUUCCCGAGUGGUGACAUCUUUCCUGAAUUGCAGAGUAUUGCCGAGUUUUAACUGAAUCCACCAAGACAGAUCCUCAACUUUACAUUUUUAAAGUUUUGUCAGUAAAAAUAUGUGCA